AUGCCACUCAAUAAGUACGGUGUUUGGAAGGAACGAAUCUCGGCUUGCCUACUGCGUGGAUCAGAAUUUCGACAUCACCCUAUAACCAACAGUCUCACCGAUCUACCUUUAGGGUUUCAUUCUCUCGAUAAACCGCAGCCAGAACCCGCUAGUUUGAGACUGGACUACAUCCGGAGGAACCUUUUCAACCUCAAUACCGGUCAAAUCCUGCCUCACGACAAAGCAUGGCCGAACAGUGACAUCACUGAUGUCUUGGAGCCUGAAGUGCAACAUUCAAUCAAUCAAAGUGCCAACAUUUACCUGUUUGGUGAACAAUACUCGGAUGGAAAAGGUAUUCAUAAUGUGCAUAUGGACCAAGGCAGCGUUCCAGAGUACCGACGGGAUGUUGGUGUAUUCCAAGAUGGCGGCCUUUUGAUCAAUUAUCCAGGCUCUAAUCGCUGGGUUGGGGUUUUCAUCGGCUUUGCGUCACAGGCUGUGCACACAGAUGAAGAAACAGGACACGCCGUAUCAUCAGAGACCUGGAGUGAUUAUCUAGAACGGGAAACAAGAAAUGCCGAUCUGAUCAAGAACGCCGUGACGAUUGAUCAAGCUGUGAUCAACACUUCGGGGUCAACCCUUCCCCCAGGCAGAUGCACAUCGAUUACUCUCAAAAACUUCACAGGUCAUACAAUGCCCUUAUCUUCCUGGAAAAUCCAAAAUUCAACAGGCCAAUUCCAAGCACUGCCUAACGAUGCAGCUUUAGGUGCUAUGUCAGCCCAAGAUUUCGAUCUCAAGAGUUUGCCUCUCUCCAACCUCGGCGAUAUUAUCACACUAUUGAAUGAAAAGGGAUUGAAAGUUAACGGAGUAAGAUAUCGCCCUCACCAGAACCCAGCGGAAGGGCGAUCGCUUGUAUUCGCUCAUUAG